AUGCUUGACAAGGAGACGUUAUGUCUGUCUGCGACAGAAGCUGGCCCAGAUGGAUGCCAUGGCCCAGGAUCAGACUACGGACCACCUCCCAGCAUAUCCAACACUCUAGUUCACUCUCCUACUCGCAACACAGACCACAGCUGGUCUGGAGAUACCAACACAUAUGAAGAAGCCGGCGCAGUACAAUACACUCGGUUCUCGCCUGCUCGGAAAACCAUACUUGUUAUCAUUCUAACCUUCUGCGCUUUUCUUGCCCCUGUGUCUUCGACUGCAAUCCUCGCCGCUUCUCCCGAGGUUUCGAGCACAUUCAAGACCACAGGAGAUAUCAUCGAUGCCAGCAACGCUCUUUACCUUGUGUCUAUGGGAAUUGCAGCUCUCUUCUGGAGCCCCUUGAGCCAGGUCUGCGGUCGCCGUCCUGUCCUCAUCACCAGUUCCAUCCUCUUCUUACUAUUCACCGUCGCCACAGCGCUGAGCCCAAACCUGGAAGUCUACUUUAUCUUCCGCAUAUGCGCCGCGUUCCAGGGAACCUCCUUCCUGGUGAUCGGUAGUUCUGCUGUAGGCGACAUCUACUCGCCCAUGACCCGGGCCUCGCCAUCGGCAUGGGUCCUCCUCGGAGGUCUAACAGGACCAGCCAUCGGUCCCUUUAUAGGCGGCAUAAUGGUCACAUUCCGACCCUGGCGCUACAUAUUCUGGCUCCUCGUCGCCCUCAACGGCUUCGCGGCCCUCCUAAUAAUCACUCUCUUCCCGGAAACCCUAACCCACAAAUCCAACACCCACAUGAAAGGCAAACCACUCACCCAACAAGCCGCGCACCUGUGGUCCCAAAUCUCCCCCCUCCGCAUCGCCCACAUCGUCUUCAGCUACCCGAACCUCUUCCUGAACAGCCUCGCCGCCGGCACCCUAGUAUGGAACCAAUACGCCCUGCUCGUGCCCAUCCGCUACAUCCUCAACCCGCGCUUCAACCUCAACAGCCCCAUCGAAGCCGGGCUCUUCUACCUGGCCCCGGGAUGCGGCUACCUAGUCGGCACGCUCCUCGGCGAGCGGUGGUCCAACCUAGUCGUCCGGAAAUGCAUCCGGAAGCGCAACGGGCUCCGCAUCCCCGAGGACCGUCUCCGCGCGUGCGUCCCCUUCAUCUGCAUCGGCACACCUGUCUGCGUCCUCGUCUACGGCUGGACCGUGGACCAGGAAAUCGGCGGGAUCCCCGUCCCCGUGAUUGCGAUGUUUCUGCAGGGCGUGUGUCAGUUGUUUUGCUUCCCGUGCCUGAAUUCGUAUUGUCUCGAUGUCAUGCAGGAUCAGGAGUGUCAGGGCGCCGAGGUCGUGGCGGCGAAUUAUGUCUUUCGGUACUUCUUUGCGGCCGUGGCGACGGGUGUCGUGCUGCCGGCGGAUCAGAACUUGGGGGUCGGGUGGUUUAGUACGAUUUCUUCGGUGGCUUUGGCGGCCGUGGGCGUUGCGAUGUGGUUUACUGCUGAGCAUGGGCGUUCGUGGAGGGAGGCGGUUGAUGCGAAGUUACGGGCUAAGGAGGAGGCGAAGGGGCACGAGAUGGCUUCUCGGAAUGCCUGAGCUCGGUUGGUAGUGAGUGUUGUGGAACGAUUCAUUUAGUCAUGUCGUGACGAACUCUGCAUCUGCGUAUG